GCGGAGCGGAGCCCGGCGGGGCCGGCCGAGGAUGGGCACGGAGCCCCGGCGGCAGCCGCCCCGCAGGAGAUGAGUUAAAAUGCAGCACACCACGUGCACGGAGGACAGGAUCUACCACGCGCUGGAGAGGUGUCUGCACGGGCUGAGCAGGGGCGCUGUGGCCAGCAGAUGGGCUGCCGGGCUGUGCCUGAACUGCUGGAGCCUGCAGGAGCUGGUGAGCCGCGACGCUGGGAACUACCUCAUCCUGGUGGAGAAGAUCCUGGGCAAGACCAAGGAGGUGCAGGAGAGGUGUGACUAUGACCUGGUGACGCCCCUGGCCCUGCUCUUCUACUCGGCGGUGCUCUAUGCUCCUCACCUCCCCCCCGGCUCUGAGCUGCUGCUGAGAGCUGCCAGUGUCUACCACAGCUUCCUGACGUGGCCCGUGCCCUACUGCAACACCUUCCGGGAGCUGCUCACCUUCAUCAGCAACGAGCUCAAGGCGCCAGGGAUCACCUUCCAGAGGCUGGUGAGGACCGAGCAGGGGCUGCCUGUGAAGAACUACCAGAGCUCCACGGUGACGGUGCUGCUGCUGAACCGCUCGGAGGUGCCCAGCGAGUUCCUGUCCAUCGCCCGCAGGCUGAGCGCCAGCGAGCCCCCCCAGCACUCCACGCUGCUGCUGCUCCUCGAGCACCUCUACCAGGCCACCUUUGGCACCCGCUGCGACCUGGCCGGGCUGCACCAGCUGCUCAAGUCCAAGCCCCUGGAGGAGCUCUCGGAGCUCUACGCCAGCGCUGCCGAUGCUCAGGAGGCGGCGGCCGCCAGCCCCGACCCCGCGCUGGCCCGGGAGCGGCUCCAGGCCGUGCUGCGCGACAUCGCCGGGGCCGCCUCCUUCCCUGCCAUCACAGGCGAGGCCCAGCCCCGCAAGCUGCACCCCUUCCCCAUCCCCCCCGCCCGCUGCUACACCUACAGCUGGGACCAGGACAACUUCGACAUCCUCAACGAUGUCCUCAGCAAGGAGUGCAGCAUUGCUGAGCCCCUGGCCUCGGAGAACGAGGAGGAGGACGAGGAGGAAGAGGAGGAGGAGGAGGAUGUGGAGACGGACGGCGGCUCCCCGGAGCAGGACUCGCUGCUGGCCCCGCUCUGCGCCAUCCCCGGUGACGCCGUGUACUCCGUGCUGGCCGAGGAGGGCUCCAAGCCCUCGCGGGUGUCCCUCUUCGCCUCCUCCAAGGAGUCCAUCUCGGAGCUGACCGUGGUCUCCAGGAAGUCCCUGAAGUCCUUCGUGUCCAGCCUGAAGGACUGCAUGGACAGCGGCUACGCCGAGGACAGCGACGAGAGCUCCCUGGACACGGCGGGCCGGCCGGAGCUGCCCAAGCAGCGCCAGUCGCUGACCAACCGGCUCUACAAGCUGCUCAAGAGCAAGAGCCAGCAGCUGGUGCAGCGCCGGGACUGCCCGGGGCCGUGCUCGCUGCCGCUGCGGCGCGCCGAGAGCCUGUGCGCGUCCCCGGCGCAGCCGCGCGUCCCCGCGCGCUCCCGCCGCGCGCUCUCGCUGCCGCAGCACGGCCCGGGCCAGCGCGGGCCGGCCCCGCUCGCCCCCGGGGCCCUGGGGCUGCCCCGCCGCCCCUUCCUCAGCUGCGACGAGGAGGCCAAGGCGGGCACGCUGCGCGUGGUGGUGUUCGGCUCCGACCGCAUCUCGGGCAAGGUGGCCCGCGCCUACAGCCGCCUCAGGCUCCAGGAGAGCUCCUGCCCCUCCCUGACACGCUACUUCAGGCUGCAGUUCUUCUACGUGCCCGUCAAGAGGAGCUGCGUGGCUCCAUCGACCCCGCAGAUGCUUCAUCAUCAUCAUCAUCAUCAUCAUCAUCAUCAUCCCCCCCCGGGGGACCCCCCGCCCCGGGCACAGGUGGGUGUGUCCUCCCACGGUGAGCCCUCCCUGGCGGGGACAGAGAGCAGCACCAACGACAUCUCCCACUACCUCGGCCUGCUGGACCCCUGGUACGAGCGCAACGUCCUGGGGCUGAUGAACCUGCCCAUGGGCGUCCUGUGCCAGUGUGCCAAGCCCGAGGCUGAGCCCCAGGAGGACGCCCAGGAGCAGCUGCCCAUCCUGGCAGACAUGAUCCUCUACUACUGCCGCUUCGCCACGCGCCCUGUGCUGCUGCAGCUCUACCAGACCGAGCUCACCUUCAUCGGGGGGGAGAAGAGGACCGAGGUCUUCAUCCACUCCCUGGAGCUGGGGCACUCAGCAGCCACGAGGGCCAUCAAGGCCUCAGGUCCAGGCAGCAAAAGGCUGGGAAUAGAUGGAGACAGGGAAGCAAUCCCACUGACACUACAGAUUGCAUACAGCAAGACUGCUGCCAGUGGCAGGAGUCACUGGAACGACGUGGAGAAGGUCUGCACGUCUGUCAACCUCAGCAAGGCCUGCAGGAGGCACGAGGAGCUCGCCUCGAAGACAGAAUGUCUCAACCUAACCAUGACAGAGGUGGUCAAGAGGCAGAACUCCAAAUCCAAGAAAAGCUUCAAUCAGAUCAGCGUGUCCCAGAUCAAAGUGGACAAGGUGCAGAUCAUCGGGGUCCAGUCCUCCUUCGCCGUGUGCCUGGACCAGGAUGAGCAGAAGAUCCUGCAGAGUGUGACCAGGUGUGAGAUCUCCGUGUGCUACAAGCCCAGGGACUGUGACCCCCUGGCACCGAGGGGAUCCCCUGUGGCUCCCCAGGACCCCUCCGAGUUCCAGUCCCUGCUGUGUUUGCCCAUUGCCACCUUCAGUGGGGCACUGCCGUAGAGGAG